AUGGAGCUGCUGUGCGUGGAGGGGGGCCCCCGUGUGCCCAGGGCGGAGCGGGACCCCCAGCUGCUGGGGGACCGGCGGGUGCUGCAGAACCUGCUGAGCCAGGAGGAGCGCUAUAGCCCCCGGGUCUCCUACUUCCAUUGCGUGCAGAAAGAGAUCAAGCCGUUCAUGCGGAAGAUGCUGGCUUUUUGGAUGCUGGAGGUGUGUGAGGAGCAGAAGUGCGAAGAGGAGGUCUUCCCCUUGGCCAUGAACUACGUGGAUCGCUACCUUUCUUCGGUCCCUACUCGAAAAAAUCACUUGCAGCUUCUGGGGGCCGUCUGCAUGCUCCUGGCUUCCAAGCUGCGAGAGACCAUGCCCCUGACUGUGGAGAAACUCUGCAUUUACACAGACAAUUCCAUCACACCACAACAACUCUUGGACUGUGAGGUCCUCGUCCUUGAGAAGCUAAAGUGGGACCUGGUGUCGGUGAUAGCGAAUGACUUCUUGGCUCACAUCCUCUAUCGGCUCCCGCUGCCCACGGACAAGGUAGAGCUGGUGAAGAAGCACGCACAGACCUUCAUCGCCUUGUGUGCCACAGAUUACACCUUUGCUAUGUACCCUCCAUCCAUGAUUGCAACGGGCAGCAUUGGCGCAGCGAUUCACGGCCUGUCUGUCUCGGCUAACUCUUUCUCCGGUGAAGCACUCACGGAGCUGCUGGCCAGCAUUACUGGCACAGAGGUGGACUGCCUGAAAGCGUGUCAAGAGCAGAUUGAGGCAGCCUUAGCUGAGAGCCUGAAACAGGCUUCCCAAUCCCAGCAGGAAUACAGCUCCAGGAAGACUCCCGACUACCCGGCCAGCCAGAACGGCAGCAUGACCAGCACGCCUACAGACGUCACAGACAUCAACCUGUCAUGA